AUGUCUUUUUCUUCUAUUUCCAAAUAUGUCAACAGGCAGGAAAUUCGUCAUGAACCUUUGUCUUGCCCCGCGGACAGAUCAAGUCUGGAUAGAAACAUGGAUGUUUUUCCUGACAAAGCAACUGAAAGGAAGAUUCUUUCCUUUGCUAUUCGUUGUCCAAGUGAUGGAUGUGAAUGGACUGGAGAACUGAGGAGUAAAGAGGUUUGUCGUCAGGAAGUAGACAGUCACCUUCAAUCUGCUUCAAAAAUCCAUCUUGAUUUGGCUUGUGUUAAGUUAAGUGAAACAGAAGAAACAAUGAAGAGUUUAAAGAAUGAAGUAAACGAGAAAACAGUGAUGGUGAAAAGUGAAUCUCCUGAUUAUCCUUCGAUGUUUAUUUGGAAGAUUGAUAACUUUAGUAAACUCAAGAGAGAGGCCAAGGCCGGUGUGAACGAAGGGAAAACCAGUGCUCCGUUCUACACAGAACAUUAUGGCUAUAAGCUGGUAAUAACACUCUAUCCUAAUGGCUUAGGCCUUGGCAAGGGCAAUUCCAUAUCAGUUUUUGUUUCUUUAGUGAAGGGUGAAUAUGACGCCAUAUUACAUUGGCCUUUCAGAAGGAAAGCGAAAUUGACACUUCUUGAUCAGCAGGAAAACCCAAAGGAACGUGAAAACUAUUCCCGUGAGUUAGUUCCACACGGUGAUUUAAAUAUCUCUGUAAGGCCUGGCAAAGAAAGGAUACCUGCAUAUAGGGGAAUUAUAUUUAUGUCCCAAGAGAAACUCGAAACAAGAUGCUACGUUGUGGAUGACACUCUUUUCCUUCAAUUGGAAGUCGUCCCUCCUUCGCAAUGUUCUACCCCAUCAAAUGAACUGAAUAGUUUUAUGCCGUCGGCGACCUGGUACUGUUAG